AUGUCGGAUCAAACCUUCCACACCACCAGCGAAGACCUCCGCAAGCAAGAGGCCAGAGAAUCCAAGUUCCACGACGGCAAGACGCCCAAGGACUCUGACACCUCAGCCAUGAAGUCAAUCCUGUCCGAGCAAGAAUCCAAACAAGAACAGAUUGACCGUGUAAAGGCCAACCUGCCUCUGCCAGACCAACCAGUUGGCGGAGCUAGUGCAGAUCUGCAAUCGGCAGACCAACGGACCGUCAAUGUUGGCAGCGGCGGCGUCAAUGUCAAGCUGGGCACAGAAUCUUCCUCGGGCCUGAGAGAGCCGGCGACGGCUGAGAGCAGUGUCAGACUCGACGGCGAAGAAUGGAAGAAGCCGACGGCGCCAUAA